CCCCACAAUGAUCCCAAUGCUCAGGGGGAUGCCUUCAAGACUCUCUUUGUGGCGAGAGUGAACUAUGACACAACAGAAUCCAAGCUCCGGAGAGAGUUUGAGGUGUAUGGACCCAUCAAAAGAAUCCACAUGGUGUACAGUAAGCGGUCGGGAAAGCCCCGCGGCUAUGCCUUCAUCGAGUAUGAACACGAGCGGGACAUGCACUCCACCACGCAGCUGGCUUGCAGCUGAUGCUUACGCUCCCCUUACAACACCUCAGUGUAUGGUUGGUAUAAGGGUUUGUAUCAUGGGUAAGAUCACUCAGCACCGCACACCAGCCCAGCUUAGCCAGGCAGCUCAGGAGCAGCGAGGCACCCCUCCUCCCGCCCCAGUUGCCCCCGCAGCCUCCCCGCACCCACAGCCCUUUCCUUGUUUGGGUGCCCUUUGUCCCUCCUGCCCCGAUCCGUAUGCUUUCUGAGAAUCUUGCUGAUCGAAGGAGGGGAAGGAUGAACCCGGUGGGAAAGGCAGCAGCCUCUCCGCUUGGGCUCCACCCGGCCUCUAAUGACCCGGCUUUGCGAUGUCAGCGGUGAGGUGGCGGGAAAACCGAGGGCAGGGCACCAGGCCAGGGCUCCACUGGAACCCUUCCGCCUUCCCUCCCUGCCCCCGUGCUUUCUGUGGGGCUGCCACUGUGCUGGCCCUGGAGAAUCUUUUUGGCUGCUAGUUUGGGGGUGCUCUGCCCCCUUCCUGUCUUCCUUACUGUGGUUGAAGCCUCCCAAGGGGGCUGGCUGUGGUGUCCAGCCGCUCUCCAGAGGUGGUCACGAGCUCCCCAAAGUGCAUGGAAUUGGGGCUUGGGGUGUGGGAGGGACCAAGGGGUAAGUUGCCAGCAGCUGAAGGUGUCGUAGGUUUUAACUAAAGAACCUUCCACUGUCUAGAGACUUCAGAGAGAGGGAAAGAGAGAGAGGCCUAGACGAACACAAUCACAUGUUUUCUUUGCUGUUCUUCCCGGGUUGGGCCUCUUGGGAUUUGGGACUCUGAACCCAAGCGGGGUUCCUUCGCUUGACUUUGAUCCUGGUCCUUAAAUGCCUUUCCCCACUCCCCUCCUGUGGGUUCAGGGGCCAAGCGGCCCCUCCUCAGAGCACUGGCAGCACCAUCUCCUGGACCCCUGCGUGCCAGCCUCUGCAGAGGCAGCUGGUGGGAGGGAGCAUGGAGUUGGAGGUGGAGAAGCCACUCCUGGUCCUCUGGGUGGCGGGCUGUGUGCCUAGUUCAGUGUGACUUGGGGAUUGCUAAGGGCGGACAGGUGUUUGAGGCCUCCCUGCCUUCUUUGGAAAUUGACACACUAUAGUCUAGGGCUUUCCAGCUCCCAGCUUGGGUGGCAAUCCUCGUCUCCCCACUGUAAGGCCUCCUUGAGAUUUCUUUGGGGUCCACCACUUCCUCUGCCUGUCUCCAGGUGGUACAGGAGAUGUGGUUCCUCUUCCUCUCCUGGCUCCCUAGAAUCCCCACUUCCCCUCCCUGUAGCUUUAGCUGACCCCAUGGUGGUGGGUGUGGGGUCUGUGCGCGUGCUCAGGUAAGCUUGGGGGCUCCAGGUAAGCGGUCCCGUGUCCCCCCCCCCGGGAAGCCCGCCUCCUCGCCAGGCCCCCAGGAGUUGCCGAGCCCCCCCCCAUCCCGCUCGGUUUGGACACCCGCAAGGCCGGCAUCGCCGCUUACAAACACGCAGACGGCAAGAAGAUUGAUGGCAGGAGGGUCCUUGUGGAUGUGGAGAGGGGCCGGACCGUGAAGGGCUGGAGGCCCCGGCGGCUAGCUGUUGGUUGCAACCCAUCAGAUUGAUGAUGUGACUCACUGCUGGUUCAUGACCUGGAAAGAGGAAAAGCUAGUCUAGCUGCCCUGUGCCUGUGACAUGGCAGGAGGAGGCCUCGGUGGUACCAGAAGAGGAGGGGCUGAUGUGAACAUCCGGCAUUCAGGCCGCGAUGACACCUCCCGCUACGAUGAGAGGCCCGGCCCCUCCCCGCUUCCGCACAGGGACCGGGACCGGGACCGCGAGCGGGAGCGCAGAGAGCGGAGCCGGGAGCGAGACAAGGAGCGAGAACGGCGACGCUCCCGCUCUCGGGACCGGAGGAGGCGCUCACGGAGUCGAGACAAGGAGGAGCGGAGGCGCUCCAGGGAGCGGAGCAAGGACAAGGACCGGGACCGGAAACGGCGAAGCAGUCGGAGCCGGGAACGGGCCCGGCGGGAGCGGGAGCGCAAGGAGGAGCUGCGUGGAGGCGGUGGCGACAUGGCGGAGCCCUCCGAGGCGGGUGAUGCGCCACCUGAUGACGGGCCUCCAGGGGAGCUCGGGCCUGACGGCCCUGAUGGUCCAGAGGAAAAGGGCCGGGAUCGUGACCGGGAGAGACGGCGGAGCCACCGGAGUGAGCGUGAGCGGCGCCGGGACCGGGAUCGUGACCGCGACCGUGACCGCGAGCACAAGCGGGGGGAGCGGGGCAGUGAGCGGGGCAGGGAUGAGGCCCGAGGUGGGGGCGGCGGCGGCCAGGACAACGGGUUGGAAGGUCUGGGCAACGACAGCCGAGACAUGUACAUGGAGUCCGAGGGCGGCGACAGCUACCUGGCUCCGGAGAAUGGGUAUUUGAUGGAGGCUGCGCCGGAGUGAAGCGGUCCUCUCCACCUGCUGUGAUUGGACGCGUUCCUGCCCCACCCCCUUGCUGUCAUCCCCUCCCCCAACCUUGGCCACCUCAGUUUGUCCUCCAAGGGUAGGUGUCUCAUUUGUUCUGGCCCCUUGGAUUUAAAAAUAAAAUUAAUUUCCUGUUGCUACUGGG